CUGAGAUUUUGGACAAUACAAAAAAAGCAUGUUGCAUGACAUUUGAGCAUGGCUGCACAUUCCAUAACACUGCAGUUUGUUAAUUCAUGGUUUACUAAAUUAUAUUUUGUUUUUCCAGGAAUUAACCUACUUCACAAAAAAGGAGAUUCUAUAUGCUCAUAAGAGGUUUAAGAAUCUGGCACCUGAAAAAGUUGGUCACAAUAGGAAUGUUAAACUACCAAUGGAUAAGCUUCUUACUCUACCGGAAUUAAGAGCAAACCCAUUUAGUGAGAGGAUGUGCUUGAUUUUCUCAUCGACCAAGGAUGGGGACUGUACGUUUGAAGAUUUUCUUGACAUGAUGUCAGUAUUCAGUGAAGCAGCACCAAAGUCUGUAAAAGCCGAUUAUGCGUUCCGAAUUUUUGAUUUUGAUGGCGAUGAUUAUCUUGGAAGGAGAGAUCUCGAAGAAACCAUUACAAGGCUUGUGUCUCCUCAGCGUUUUUCACAGAGUGACAUGGAGGCCUUGGUGACAAGAGUUUUAGAAGAAGCUGAUCUUGAUGAUGAUGGUAUGCUGUCAUUUGCUGAAUUUGAACAUGUAAUCUCUAAGUCUCCUGACUUUGCAAACUCAUUUAGGAUUCGGCUGUGAUGCAGGAGGGAGGGGAGUAGUCUACUUUUUUUGUUUAGAUACUACAGUUUCUUAAUUCCAUCCUUGAUGGACGUGGAUAAUUUUAGAAAUAUCUUCUUGUGUUCAAGCUGUGGAAAAUGGGUUUUAUUUGAAUUAGCAGUUAUUUUGCUCUGAAAAUGUUUAGUUGUCCAGGUGUACUCUGUCAUGUUGCAUGUUCUUCUGAUACCAAAGAUGCAUUCAGUAUUAUAGAAAAGUUUACUCAGAAAUGUUUGCUUAUACAUUUAAUGUUCUUAAUAUAUAUAAUUAAUAAUUUAUGUACAAUUUCUUUAAGGAUAAUAUACUUCCACCCAUACUAUGAAAUUUGAAGCAGGUGAUUGGGGUUUGCAUUGUUCAGAUCAUUUUAAUAUUACUUAGUAUUUGAUGUUAUGUGGUCCCUGAUGUGCUCACCAAAACUAUAUUUAUGUAUCCUUACAUUUUGUUAAAGUGUUUUUUGUGAUCUGCAAUGGAGCCUUUUGUGUCACAAAGUGAUGGAGGUGAUAUACCAAAGAUAGUAUGAACAUGCUAUUUGUCCCUUGCACAUUUAUGCUCCUUUUAUACGUGAGAUUUAAGUUUGAUUCGACUCCCCUUAACAUUAUUGGUGACAAGUAAAUAUUUAUUUUACAUCAAAUUAUGCUUUUGGCACAUAAUUUCAUGUAACUGAGGUACAUUCAUUGAAAGUCUUUACAGUUAUAUCUGAAGGAAUAUUGGUAAUUACCAUAAUUCAUUUUGUCUUCCAUCAUUCAACUUUAUUGUUUAAAUCUCCAGGUUGUUUGACUUCGAAAUUACCAUUUUUCUGAGAUAUGGCAAAUAUGAAAUUUUUGCUUACUUGAAUUUUACUCAUGAUCAGACUAAUUGUAGCUCAAGUUUUGGAAAAUAUAUAAAAUGUUGGAUUUAUAUAUUUGUAAUUUCUGUAAAAAUUUUAAUUGGGUUUGGUACAGUAUAAGGAAAUUUGUUGGCAAUUUUCUCUUACCACUUGUGCUCAUAGUAUUUCUGUUGUUCAUCAUAGAGCUAAGGAAUUGCUAAUUAAGCUAGAAAUUUACUUUCAAAUAUUAGCUUUUCAACAUUAACUGGAUAGGACUGUACACAAAUGUAUUUUAAGAGUUCUCCAUUAAUCGGUGAAUAUUUUUUUAUGCUUUUUAUUUUGUUAAAUAUUUUAUGUUAGGUUUGCAGCAAUUAUAGUAAAAAUCUGCUUAUUACAGGUUGUUGAAACUAUCAGAUACAUUUAUACCCUGUAUUGUAAUUUUACUUAAAUAUAUUUAAAGCAAUAAAGAAUUGUCAUGACUA